CCUGGUAGAGAUGGACACAAUCAGUACAGUACUGGUGGACACAACCCAUCUGGGAAAGGAAGACACCACCCUUCCAGUAGAGGUGGACCCCUCUACACCAGUAGAGAUGGACACUGUCUCCCCAGUAGAGGUGGACCCCACUAUCCCAGUAGAGGUGGACCCCACUAUCCCAGUAGAGGUGGACCCCACUAUCCCAGUAGAUGUGGACCCCACUACCCCAGUAGAUGUGGACCCCACUACCCCAGUAGAUGUGGACCCCACUACUCCAGUGGAGGUGGACCCCACUACCCCAGUAGAGAUGGACACUGUCUCCCCAGUAGAGAUGGACACUGUCUCCCCAGUAGAGGUGGACCCCACUACCCCAGUAGAGGUGGACCCCACUACCCCAGUAGAGGUGGACCGCACUACCCCAGUAGAGGUGGACCGCACUACCCCAGUAGAGGUGGACCGCACUACCCCAGUAGAGGUGGACCCCACUACCCAAGUAGAGAUGGACCCCACUACCCAAAUAGAGAUGGACCCCACCACCCCAGUAGAGAUGGACCCCACCACCCCAGUAGAGAUGGACCCCACCACCCCAGUAGAGAUGGACCCCACCACACCAGUAGAGAUGGACUCCACCUCCCCAGUCGAGAUGGACACCACCCUUGCGAGCGAGCACAGCUUCUCCGACCUCGGCUCCUCGACAGGGGAGGACGGGGAGCUGAAGCAGACCCCCGAAACGCCGUCCAUGGGUUCGGCCGGGCCUGCCCUAUCGCCCCUUUCGGCUGGUUCCUCACCCAAGGAGGCAGUCUCAACCCUGCCCACCCCAGCGACCACCUUCGUCCCGGUGGUGCCUAAAAUCGGCAUGGGCAAGCCAGCCAUCUCCAAGAGGAAGUUCUCUCCAGGAAGGCCCAGGGUUAAGCAGGGAGCGUGGAGUGACCGUAGUGCCGUGAGUUCACCCUCUUGGUCCUCCGACCACUCAGACGGGUGGGAGACGCCCAAGAACAGGCAACCAUUGACCCCGCCCCUCUGGACCGUUAAAGUGGGCCGCGGAUCGGGCUUUCCUGGACGGAGGCGGCCCAGGGGAGCCGGUCUCUCCGGGAGAGGAGGGAGGGGGCGCUCGAAGCUGAAGGGCGAAGUCUGGCCCACCGUCACUCCGGGGCUGGGCUUGGCGGAGACGUUCGCGGUGAAAGAGGAGGAGGAGAACGCCAUGCACAACACAGUGGUCCUGUUCUCCAGCUCCGACGGAUUCACCCUCAAACAGGACAUGUGCGUGGUCUGUGGGAGUUUCGGACAGGGUGCGGAGGGAAGGCUGUUGGCUUGCUGCCAGUGCGGACAGUGCUACCACCCCUUCUGUGUCAACAUAAAGAUCACCAAGGUGGUGCUGAGCAGAGGCUGGCGGUGUCUGGAGUGCACGGUGUGUGAGGCGUGCGGCCAGGCCACGGACCCGGGGCGACUGCUUCUCUGUGACGACUGCGACAUCAGCUACCACACCUACUGCCUGGAGCCCCCGCUACAGACCGUCCCCAAGGGCGGCUGGAAGUGCAAAUGGUGCGUGUCCUGCACUAGCUGUGGUGCCUCCUCAGCGGGCCCAGGCUGUGCGUGGCAGAAUAACUACACGCAGUGCGCCCCCUGUGCCAGCCUGGCCACCUGCCCCGUCUGCCUGCUCAACUACCAGGAGGACCAGCUGAUGGUGCAGUGCCGGCAGUGCGACAGGUGGAUCCACGCCGCCUGCCAAAACCUGAACACGGACGAGGAGGUGGAGAAUGCGGCUGACAGUGCCUUUGACUGCACUAUGUGUCGUACCCACACUACCCCUUCAGAGGUUAUGGCUGCAGUAACGGUGGCUGAAACCAACGGCAACGACCCACCAAUCACAGCGCAGAUUGUGAUGAAAGAAAAAGAGCCAGAGCCCCAGAGGACCUACACGCAGGACGGAGUGUGCCUGACUGAGCUGGGCCUCUCCCAGCUGCAGAGCCUGGCCGCGCCGGCGUCCAGACGCAAGAGGCCCAAGCCCAAACUCAAGCUGAAGAUCAUCAACCAAAACAGCGUGGCCGUGCUGCAGACCACGCCCGACCCUCCGUCCGAGCUCUCCCGCGACGAGGACCUCGAGGACAGCAGAGAGGGAGACGUUUUGGACUUCGAGGGGAAGUCGGAGUCCGGCCCCGAACUGGACCAGGCGGACGAGGACUGCAAGGAGGCGGAGGGCGCAGACGGGGCCAAGAAGAGGAAGAGGAAGCCAUACCGACCCGGCAUCGGAGGGUUCAUGGUUCGACAGCGGAGCCGGACAGGGCAAGGCAAGGCCAAGCGCUCCCUCUCCCGGAAUGACUCCUCGGGAUCUGUGGGGAAGGAGGAAGGAGGCUGGAGCGAGGCAAUGCCCGACACUCCUGUGGACCAGGCCGCGCCCGGACUGGAGGCCCUGGAGAAGGUGAAGAAGCGUUACAGGAAGAAGAAGACUAAACUGGAAGAAGCCUUCCCCUCGUACUUACAGGAGGCGUUUUUCGGAAAGGAGCUGCUGGGGAAGAGCAGGCAGGCCAGGCGCAGCUCCGAGACGGGUCUGUCCGACGAGGAGCGCCUCCCCAGCCAGGCCCACGCCCCGGCGCUCAGCCCCACCGCCGGCUUCCUCCACCCCUCAUCCGACCCUCUGCUCAGCGCUGCCACCACGCCCAUCUCCAACAGAGCUGGGGCCUUGGCCAACUCGGAAGACCCUUUAGUGGACUUGUCGGAGGUGCUGAACACUGAAGAUGACCUCCUGGGAAUGCUGUCUGACGACCUGGUGAAGCCAGGUGACGAUUCAGGUCUUGGUUUGUGCCCGUUUCAGGUGGAGAACUCGCCAUCUCCGUUUGCUGGUUUGGAUAUCGGCUCCAUCCCAGACGACCCUGCGGUUGGGCCCCAGUCGCACCCGGGCCGCGCCCGGCGGGCUCUCCCGGUGGAACCGCUGGACGGGAUCCUCAGCCCCGAGCUGGAUAAGAUGGUGACGGACGGUGCAAUUCUGAGCAAGCUGUACAAAAUACCCGAGCUAGAGGGGAAGGACGUGGAAGAUCUGUUCACGGCGGUCCUGAGUCCCAGCACCACCCAACCCCUGCAGCUCAUACACCCUGUUCCCCCCCUGCAAGGCCCCCCCAUGCCUCUCCAAAACCCAGGAGACAGAAUGUUUCCGCGGAUGCCAGUGAUGAACGGGCUAACGGGACCGAACCCCCACUUUCCCUCCGGUCCGAUCGUCCCUGGGAUGGCGGGUCCCUGCGCCCCCAACAGCUUCUCUCCCAUUCAGCGCAUGCCCUUCCCCGAAAACAUGAGGGUGAGAAAGGUCAACGCCAUGCGGGGUGAGAUGGGACGGCCCUGGCCUGCCCCUGCCCCUGCUCCUGCCCCCGCCCCUCUCCCCACUCCCUUGCCCGAGGGGGAGACAGAUACCAUGUCCAAUGCCCAGCGGAGCACGCUCAAGUGGGAGAAGGAGGAGACCCUGGGGGAAAUGGCCACAGUCGCUCCCGUCCUCUACAUCAAUGUCAACUUCCCCAACCUCAGGGAAGAGUUCCCAGACUGGACAACAAGGGUCAAACAAAUUGCCAAGCUGUGGAGGAAGGCUAGUUCUCAGGAGAGAGCCCCAUACGUGCAAAAGGCCAGAGAUAACAGGGCGGCCUUGCGUAUAAACAAGGUUCAAAUGUCCAACGAGUCCAUGAAGAUACAGCAGCAGCAUCAGCAGCCUGACGUCUUCGACCCCAACGUCCCCCUGGACUCCGAGCUGCUUCUCAAGGACCCGCUGAAGCCCAAGGAGUCGGAGCACGAGCAGGAGUGGAAGUUCAGACAGGGAGAGUUAAUUCAGAUGUGGGGACCCGUUAAGAAGCAGCGGGAAAAGGUCCCAAAAACCAAAGCCAUAAAAUCAUCAAAUAAAGAAGUCCUUUUUGGACAUUCCAGCCAGGCAACUAUAGCUACAGGAUGUGGAAAAAUGUCUCUGCAAAUGAGACAGAAAAGCAAGCAACAGGCCAAGAUUGAAGCUACCCAGAAGUUGGAGCAGGUUAAAAAUGAGCAGCAACUACAACAACAACAACAGCAGCAGCAGCAACAGCAGCUGCAGUAUAGCAGCCAGUCUGGGAGCGAGCCCACCUCCAGUGGACACCAGAGCCCAGCAACAGCCCAACAGAGCAACGGAAACAUGUCCCCAUUGCAGCCCAUGACUCCCAAAGAAGGGUUCCCUAGGUGCCAGCUACCUGGGACCCCCUCAUCUGCUCCAUUGGAUGAUGUGUUUGUGCGCCCCCAGGCUCCGCCCCCCGCCACCACCCGGACAUCAGCCCAUGACGCCUGUUUCCAGGUGCAGCAGCCCCAGGCUCAACCCCCACAGAUUUUUCCGCCCAGCUCCUCUGCUUCCCGGCCAACCUCCCCAUGGGAUCCCUAUGCCAAAAUGGUGGGGACCCCCAGGCCCCCACCUACGGGGUCUGGCACAACCCGGAGGAGCUCAGUGGGGAAGCAGUCCCCUGCCCACGAGCCCUUUGGCUCGCCCACGUCCAUGAACUGUGAUGCCUACGCCAAGCAGCAUGACACUCCCCAACCUAUUACGCCUACCGACCCAUUCCUGAAGCCUAUGGGCCCUCCAAGGGUGGGCCCAGUCCCCCCUGAGCCUGCUGGGAGGAAUGUAAUGGGCGGAGGUGCUGGAGACCUGUUCACACGGCCAGGGCUCAGAUCCGAGGUUUACCAGCGCAUGUCCUAUAACCGAAUGAUCCUCUCUGACCCCUACUCCAAGCCACUGCUGACCCCCAUCCCUGGCAGCAAUGAAUCCGGCUCUGUGCCCCUGUUCAAAGCUCCCAUGCCACCACCCCAGUCCCAGGACGCUUUUGGAUCCAUGCCGUCCACCCCGCGGCGGGCAGUUGUCGAGCUAUAUGAGAAACAUGGGUUUUCCCAAAAUGAGGAGAGCGACCCUUAUGCACACCCUCCCCUCACUCCACGUCCGUCUAUGAAUGAUAGCUUCUCCACCCCUCCCAGAAUGGCCCGGCACCCCCAGGCUACCCACUUCUCUGCACCUUUGCCUAUGAGCCAACACCCCCAGAGAGAUCCAUUCACACAGGCCUCCAGACCCCCUUCAACCCCCAGGCCAGAUUACUCGCAGCAGUCAUCUGAUCCUUACGCUCAACCCCCUGGCACCCCUAGACCUCCUCUAGACCCAUAUGCCCAACCACCUGGCACCCCUAGACCUCCUGUGGACCCCUAUGCCCAACCACCUGGCACCCCUAGACCACCUCUAGACCCCUAUGCUCAACCACCUGGCACCCCUAGACCUCCUGUUGACCCCUAUGCCCAACCACCUGGCACCCCUAGACCUCCUGUCGACCCCUAUGCCCAACCACCUGGCACCCCUAGACCUCCUGUCGACCCCUAUGCCCAACCACCUGGCACCCCUAGACCACCUCUAGACCCCUAUGCCCAACCACCUGGCACCCCUAGACCUCCUGUCGACCCCUAUGCCCAACCACCUGGCACCCCUAGACCACCUGUCGACCCCUAUGCCCAACCACCUGGCGCCCCUAGACCUCCUGUCGACCCCUAUGCCCAACCACCUGGCACCCCUAGACCUCCUGUCGACCCCUAUGCCCAACCACCUGGCACCCCUAGACCACCUGUCGACCCCUAUGCCCAACCCCCUGGUACGCCUCGACCGUCUGGUGACCCUUAUGGUCAGCCCCUCGGCACCCCAAGACCUGGUCCGGACCCUUACUCCCAGCAGCCCUGCACCCCUCGGCCAACUGCCGCAGACCAGUUUCCUCAGCAGCACCCCAGUCGCAGGCCAUCCCCCUCUCAACCAGUGGACCCUUACGCCCACGCACCGGGGACCCCAAGGCCCACAAACACCCAGCAGCCUGGUACCACAAGACCGGUGCUAAAUGACCCUUAUGCCCAGCCACCUGGCACCCCCCACCCCGGCGCGUCCCACGGGGACCCAUUUACUCGGCCAGCAGGCCCUGGUUCCCAGAUGCCCAAACAGUCUGGUAUGGUGGAUGAUGGCCUUGCACAGCUGCAGCCUAACCAUGCCGGCCAAGCACUUGACCCCUAUGAGCCGGUUCCAAUGACUUCACACCCACAGUCUGGGGAGAGGCAGGCUCAUGAUAUCAGAGACCAGCCAGAGGUGGGGCAUGAGGGUACUGCCCAGGCUAUAGAGCAGUUGCCAAUCCUCUCACAGUCCACGGGGAAUGUCCCUGAUGUUCAAAGUGGCGGGGCACAGCCUCUGGUAGACACUGAAGAAAAGCUCAAACAGCGGCAGCGUUUGAGGGAGCGGCUCCUCAAGCAGCAGCAGCAGAAGAGUGCCAUCCGCCAAGAGAAGGGCCUUGUGGAGCCACCCAUGCCCCAGGCUCCUGGGGGCCCCGGGACUCCUCGACACUGGUCGCAGGAGGACCCCGGAUCCCAAAACGAGCUUUUCAGCAGGCCCCCUCCCCCAUACCCGGGUAUGAUGCGAGGUGCUCCGAUGGGCCCUGGGGCUCAGAGGCAUCCUGUACCCUUCCCAAGUGACCAACAAGGGCCCUUCCCACCCAACAGCCAGUUUGCCAGACCCCAGUUUCCAGGGGACAUUGCUAAUAUAGGCUUGAGACAACAUGGUGCAAGGUUUGGAAUCCUGCCUGGUGGGCAGGGAGGGCAGGAACACUUUCUUCGCCCCCCCCAUCCCAUGCAGGGUUCAAUGAUGGAUGUCCCCCAGCAGAUGAGGAGGUCCCUUUCCAUGGGAGGAAACCCAGCAGGUCUCCCCCAGCAUUUCCCCCCCAGGGGCCUGCAGAUGCAGCAGCACAACAUCAUGGGCCAGCCCUUCAUCGAGCUCAGACACCGAGCUCCCGAGAGCAGGCUGCGGCUCCCCUUUGGACCCCCUGCUAACCACCCUCAGCGUCCACCAGGGUUCGGGAAUGGGGCGAGGCAAGAGUUCGCUGGCAAUCCUGGUGCAAGGAUGGUGACAGGGCUCAUGGCAGCAGGCCAAUCUCAAGGCAUGGCCAAUCACCUGCAAAUGUCAUCCAGCUUGGAGAACCUGCACCAGCAUCCCGCUAUGACAGUGGGACCGGGUCCCCAGCAUCCCCCCCUUAUGCGGUCCCUAAGCCACCCCGCUGCUAUCGAAUCAUUUGCCAUGGCUCCACCCUCUCUCCUUCCCUUGGCAGCCCCACCCACAGAGCAGACUGAUGAGAUGCCAAUGGGCACCGCUGAGGGUAUGGAGGAGAAGCUCGACACAGAUGAUUCCACAGUGAAGGAUUUGGAGGACGUAGAGGUGAAAGACCUGGUCGAUGACGACCUGGAGAACCUCAACCUAGACCCGGAUGAUGGGAAAGACCUGGACCUAGAGGCCAAUGACCUGCACCUUGAUGAUCUACUGACUUCUGGAAAUUUUGACAUCAUCGCCUACACUGACUCUGACCUUGACCUGGGAGACAAGAAGGACAUGUUCAAUGAGGAGCUGGACCUCAGCGACCCCAUCGACGAACAUGGUGAGGCCACCGAAAUGCAGAAGGCUCUGUCCGAGAAGAGGAACGCCAGCUCGGCCUCUUCUGGGUCAGCUCCACACACAGUGCCUAAUGGGGAAAAAUAUAUUGGUACAACAGGGCAGAGUCGAGUCAAACAUGAAAUUGGCCCUGCCGAUGACCCAGCUGAUCCAUUCUGCUCCGAGUUAACUGUAAAAACUGAGGUCACGAGUCAAACAGGUCAAAACCUAGAGUUCUCCAGCUGUCAAAGCCAAACCAGUGACAGAUCAGAGAAUGACCUGGAAUGCUUGGAGGCUGCUCGGAAGGCUGCCCUUCCCUGCCCCACUGCAAUUCUCUCUAGUCUGCUAGUCCAGGAGAAGCAGGAGGAAGCCAGACUCAUCCAAAAAAGCUCCACCAACCUACUUGACCCAGUCACUCAAGCUAACCCAGCCUCAGGCCUACAUCAGAACCACGCCCUGCCAGUACCAGCUCACCCAAGCCUCAUGAUGGACCCUGCUUUUGUUCAGGGGCCAGCACUGGGAAACUCUGGGUUCCAACAUGCACAGCCUCCCUGCCAGAGCUUUGGAGUCAUGGUCCAGCAGGCCCAAGCAGACCUGCCAAUGGGCAGUCAGCACCUCUCCCAUAAUCUGCCCCCCCCAAGCCACCAGGCAGCAUUCCCCCAGGAACAGGGCCCCCACUCAGCAGUCCAGCCCAACAGGCCCUUGCUCCUGGAUGAGCAGCCCCUCCUCUUGCAGGACCUCCUGGACCAAGAGAGGCAGGAGCAGCAGCAGCAGAGACAGAUGCAGGCCAUGAUCCGCCAGCGCUCAGACGACACAUUCCCCAGCGUUGAAUUUGACACCAUAACUGACCCAAUCAUGAAAGCCAAGAUGGUGGCCCUGAUGGGAAUCAACAAAGUGAUGGCACAGAACAGCAUGGCGAUCCCCCCGAUGGUCAUGAACAGGGUUCAGGUAGGAGGCCAGCAGGUUCCUGGAGAACAGUGUCCUGAUGGUGGUGCAGUUCUUCAGCGGGUUGUCGGACAGGACAUCAAAGUGGCUCAACACUUGACAAGACCAAACCCACCAAAUUUUGGGCAUGGAUUCCCAAACGAUGCUCAAAAGAAACAGUAUGAGGACUGGCUGAAAGAAACCCAGCAGCUGUUGCAGAUGCAGCAGAAGUUUCUGGAGGAGAAGAUCGGGGCCCACAGGAAAUCCAAAAAGGCCCUCUCGGCCAAACAGCGAACGGCAAAGAAAGCAGGUCGCGAGUUCCCUGAGGAGGACCUGGAGCAGCUGAGGCAUGUGACGGAGCAGCAGAGCGUGGUGCAGAAGCAGCUGGAGCAGAUUCGGAAGCAGCAGAAGGAACAUUCUGAGCUGAUAGAAGAGUAUCGGGUCAAACAACAGCAACACCAGUGCAGCUUGCAGCCACCUGUAAUUCCUGGAGCCCCGCCCCAAGGAGCCAUGAUACCUGGAGCCCCACCCCAAGGAGCCAUGAUGCCUGGAGCCCCACCCCAAGGAGCCAUGAUGCCUGGAGCCCCACCCCAAGGAGCCAUGAUGCCUGGAGCCCCACCCCAAGGAGCCAUGAUGCCUGGAGCCCCACCCCAAGGAGCCAUGAUGCCUGGAGCCCCACCCCAAGGAGCCAUGAUGCCUGGAGCCCCACCCCAAGGAGCCAUGAUACCCGGGCCCCUGCCAAUGGGCCAGCCCAUGAUUAGUCACAUGAUGCAGCAGCAGCACUUGGGCCAGCCAGCCCCGCCCCGCAUGACCCAGGCUGGCUGGCAGCCCAGAGCUCCGGCCCCCAUAAGGGGCUCCAGAAUGCCCCCUCACCUGCCCCCACAGAGACCCCUGGUCAACCCCGCCGCUCAGCCCGCCCUGCCCGGGCAGCUGCCCAUGGUGGGACCCAAACCCCAGCCAGUGGGAUCAGCGGCAUCAGGCAACGGCACAGGUAACGGCGAUGGUGGCGGCACCCCUCAUGUGAAGUUCGACGACAACAACCCGUUCAGCGAGGGCUUCCAGGAGCGGGAGCGGAAGGAGCGUCUGCGGGAGCAGCAAGAGAGGCAGCGGGUCCAGCUUAUGCAGGAGGUGGAGCGGCAGCGAGUCCUGCAGCAGCGAAUGGCGAUGGAGCAGCAGCAGCAGGGCAUGCUGGGAGCUGAAGUCAACCGGAGGGCCUUCUACAAUUCAGACCUGUCCCAUGACUUCAUGCAGCCGCAGAGAACCCAGCAACAACAACAGCAGCAGCAGAUCGGGGCCGGGUUCCCCCAGCAGCUAGGUAUGCAGCCCGGAUUAAUGGCCUUGCCCUCUGGUGCCCCCUUCGUGCCGGGAGGAGAGCAUCAGGCAAUUCCGGGAAAUGGACCCUUCUCUGUCGAAAUGGGACCCAGCUUUCCAUCCAAACACCCCAUGCAGCCGGGGUCUGGGUUUUCCCUGGGACAGCCCAGGCCCGCAGGGUUCCGGGGGCCUGGCACGGUGCCCCAAGGCGCCAGCGAUGGUCCCCCCUUCGGCAUGGAGCCGGCCACACCUCUACCCCCAAACUACCCAGGGUCCGGUCAGUCUCUGAUCCAGCUCUACUCCAACAUCAUCCCGGACGAGAAGGGGAAAAAGAAGAGGAACCGCAAGAAGAAGAAGGACGAAGACGCGGAGCCCGUGAAGACUCCGUCCACCCCACGCUCUGACCUGACCGCCCCCCUCACCCCCUGCCUCUCCGACACCUCCUCCACCCCCACCAGAACCUCCGCUCAGCUGGGGGACCCCGACCCCUGCGACCCCGGCUCUUCAGACAAACCGCACAAGGUCCUCUCCCAAAUCAAGCUGGAGAGGCUGGAGCCCGGCGAGUGCAGGGGCCCUGGGGAACCCGAGCUGGAGGAGUCGGUGGGCGCCGUUAAGGUGGAGGAGGGGAAGGAGGGGGCUUCUCCCCUCUCUGACGGCCAAAGUUCUACCCACGGUAACAAGGGAGAACCUGGCGUGGAGCUCCUGAAGCACCUGCUGAAGAACAAGGGCGCGCCCCAUGCCCCGGCCAAUCAGACACCGGAGGACGGUCUGCACUCGGAGGAUGAGGGGUCGAUGGACAGCAAGACCCUGCUGAAGCACAUGCCCCCAGACGCUGGUGCUUUGAGGGUCACGGGGGUCCAGUCGUCCAACAGCUCUGAUAUUGCGUGUCUGGUGUUGCCCAAGCAGGGCAAGAAGAAACGAUGCAACAAGAGGGCGCCCAAGAGCGUGGAGAAACCCGCAUCCCGUUACAAAAAGAGGAAGAAGGAAGAGGAGCAACCGAUUGGCUACUCCAGCACUGACACGUUAAUGACCCAGCUCAAACAGCAGCUGUCCCUCCUGCCGCUGAUGGAGCCCAUGAUCGGGGUGAGCUUCGCCCACUUCGCCCCUUACGGCAGCGGGCAGCUGGACGGGGAGAGCCGCCUCUCUGGAGCAUUCGGCAGCGCCUCCUUAGACGGCGUGUCUGACUACUACUCCCAGCUCAUAUACAAGCAGAACAACCUGAGCAACCCCCCCACCCCGCCAGCCUCCCUGCCCCCCACCCCGCCCCCCCUGGCUCGACAGAAGAUGCUGAACGGUUUCGCCACCACCGAGGAGCUGGCCAGGAAGGCGGCAGUCAUGGACGGCCAUGAUGUGGCAAGAAGCCUCGUGCCGAAGCAGCUCCAGGCGGUGUUCAGGCCCGAGGACCUGCUGGCACGGGCCAUGGCUCAGGGGCCCAAAUCCGUGGACGUGCCCGCCUCCCUGCCCACACCCCCCCACAACAACCAGGAGGAGCUCAGGGGGCAGGAGCACUGUGAGGAGAGGGACACCCCGGAAAGCUUCGUGCCCUCCUCCUCCCCUGAAAGCGUGGUCGGCAUGGAGAUCAGCCGCUACCCCGACCUGUCACUGGUGAAACAGGAACGCCCCUCUCCUGUCCCCUCCCCGGUCAUCCCAAUGUUGCCCAGCUCCAGUGGGAAAGGGACUGAAGCCAGGCAGUGGGAGGUCAAGAUGGAGCCGCAGUUUGUGUUCUCUGGGUCUCAGUACGGACAGCCCGCUAACUGCUCCAAGGCAGGACUGGUAUCCAUAGCCAUCAGCCUGAACCCAGCUGCAGCGGAGAACAUUCCGGGGGUGGUGGCCGCAGUGGCGGACCUGCUCUGCAUGAAGAUCCCCAGCAGCUACGAGGUCAGCAGCGCCCCCGACAGGGGCUCCCUGGUUCUGCUUGGUGGCCUCAGGGCGCCCCCGCCGGGCUUCGACCCCCGGCACCCGGUGGCCUUCCAGGGGCCCGGCAUUGGCCCCGGGCAAGGCCCCGGCCCCCAGGGCAUCAUGAGGUUCCUGAGGCCCCCGGGGAUGGUGCCACCUCAGCUCGUCCCUCCCACAAACACGGGUCCGGCUACGACAGGGGGUGACUGCGUGACCGGGAAAAGAGAACUGGAGCUGAAGACGCAGUGGUGCUGCCACUGCAAAGUGGUGGUUCUGGGAAACGGAGUUCGGAAGUCCGUCAGAGACUUGCCCUGCAUCGCCCAGGACUCUCUGGAUGGCUGGGGGAAGGUGGAGGGGAGCCUGGUCUUCUGCAGCCACAGCUGCUUCCUCCUGUACUCCGCUGCCGUGCAGUCCAAGGCCACCGAGAGGAAGCCCGCUACGACUAUCUCCCCUGGCUCCGCGGUUAAAGAGAACCCUUUUAAAACCCAGCACCAGUACAGCAACAACAUGUCCGCCCUUGACAUCCACUGCCUGGCCCGGCUGCAUCCCAAGCCGUCCCCGCCCUCCACCCCGCCCGUCUCCUUCCCGGAGGCCUCCUCCGAGACGGAGCCCAAACCCGACCCCCUGAAGGUGACGGUGAAGCUGAAGCCCCGCUCCCGGGGGCUUCCCAACGGCGCGGACCACCCGUCGGGCCCAGGGCAGUCUCCGGGGAAACGACGGAGGGGCCUCCGCUGGAGGAAAUGGAGCGUCCACGUGCUCGUCCCCAAGGCGGACCUCCGGCCGGCCGACGCCGAGAGCGAGAUCAACGGGCUCCUGCAGAAGCUGGGGAUGUCCCUGCGGCCCUUCCCCCUCCCCCGGGACCUCCGCCGCUGCUGCUUCUGCCACGAGGAGGGUGACGGGCUGACCGACGGCCCCGCCCGGCUGCUAAACCUGGACCUGGACCUGUGGGUGCACCUCAACUGCGCCCUCUGGUCCUCCGAGGUCUACGAGACGCAGGCGGGCGCCCUCAUAAACGUGGAGCUGGCUCUUCGUCGAGGCCUGGCGGUCCGGUGCGCCUACUGCCAGCACCCGGGAGCCACCAGCGGCUGUCACCGGCUCCGCUGCGCCAACGUGUACCACUUCACCUGCGCCCUGCGCGCCCAGUGCACCUUCUUCAAGGACAAGACCAUGCUCUGCCACCAGCACCGGCCCCGAGGUGCCGCCCAGGGCCAGGAGCUGCGCUACUUCGCCGUGUUCCGCCGCGUGUACGUGCAGCGGGACGAGGCCAGGCAGGUGGCGGGCGUGGUGCGGAGGGGGGAGCAGGAGCACACCUUCCGGGUGGGCAGCCUGGUCUUCCACGCCGCCGGCCAGCUCCUGCCCCAGCAGAUGAGGGCCUUCCACUCGCCGUCCGCCAUCUUCCCCGUGGGCUACGAGGCCAGCCGCGUCUACUGGAGCACGCGCCACGGCGACCGCCGCUGCCGCUACCUGUGUUCCGUCGACGAGCGGGGCGAGCGGCCAGAGUUCCGCAUCCGGGUCAGGGAGCAGGGCUAUCCGGACCUGGUCCUCAGCGACUCCACGCCCAAAGGAGUCUGGGACAAGGUUCUGGGGCCAGUUGCGGAGAGGAGGGCAGAGUGUGGCAUGCUGAAGCUCUUCCCCGUCUACCUGAAAGGAGAGGACCUGUUUGGCCUCACCGUCUCAGCUGUCACCCGGAUAAUAGAAUCGCUCCCAGGGGUGGAGGCCUGUGACAGCUACACCUUCCGCUACGGCCCUAACCCCCUGAUGGAGCUGCCGCUGUCCAUCAACCCCACCGGCUCCGCCCGCUCCCAGCCCAAAGCCAGCUCUCACGGCAAAAGGCCUCAUACCCUGACCAGCAUCAGUUCCUCCAAGUCCUUCCAAAGCUCAGUGGCAGGGGAGAUCAGCACCCCCUACAGCAAGCAGUUUGUCCACUGCAAAUCCUCUCAGUACCGCAAGAUGAAGGCCGAAUGGAAGAGCAACGUGUACCUGGCCCGCUCUGGCAUCCAGGGUUUGGGACUGUAUGCUGCUAAGGACAUAGAGAAAUACACCAUGAUCAUCGAGUACAUCGGAACCGUAAUCCGUAAUGAAGUCGCGGACAGGAAGGAGAAGAUGUACCAGUCUCAGAACCGUGGGGUGUACAUGUUCCGGAUCGACAGCGAACACGUCAUUGACGCAACCAUCACGGGCGGCCCAGCGAGGUACAUCAACCAUUCUUGUGCACCAAACUGUGUAGCUGAAGUGAUAACAUUUGAAAGAGGCCAUAAAAUCAUCAUUAGCUCAAAUCGAAGGAUUCAGAAAGGAGAGGAGAUGUGCUACGACUACAAGUUUGACCUCGAGGACGACCAGCAUAAGAUCCCAUGUCAUUGCGGGGCAGUCAACUGCCGAAAAUGGAUGAACUAAAGAAAAAAAACAGCAUUCCUUUCAUUUUUUUUUUUCAUUUUUAUAACUGGCCUGUUUUCCAUCCUGUGAAAGAAGUGUUUCUAAACUAGAACUAUCCCUGCCCCCACCCUAUAGGUCAACUUGGUAACCGUGAUAUGAGGUUGCGGUAAAAGGCACAACGGUAGAGCCCUUACCGGGUUUAAGGGUGAGGUUGACAAAAAUUGACCAUUUUCCUGUCAAGUUUUUGUUUUUUGGGGAGUUGUCCCCCCCCCUUCCAAACUAUACAGGCGCACGUCAUAUGGGUUAGCGACGGAGGUGGGGUGGCUGGUGGGAAGUUUUUUUUUUUUUUG